UCAAAACAAUUAUUCGCUGUCGUUUGCUGUAGGUAUAAGGAUCAAAGAAUGUGGAAUGUUUAUAGCCUGGCGUUUCUUAUCGCCUAUUCAUUUUUCUGUAAAAGACUUGUACCCAGCUGUAAAAGGCGAUGAAUUUCCACCAGGUAUGAAUGGUGCACCAGUUUACUUAAAGCCGGACAUCACAAAUCCUUUAAGAUCAUUGAUCUUGCAAGGAUGGAGAGACCAUGCCUUCAAUGCAUUUGUCAGUAAUGUCAUGCCGCUGAACCGUACUCUACCCGACCCGAGGGAUAAUUGGUGUAAAACACAAAAUUAUUCGACCGAUUUGCCGCAAGCCUCAGUAGUUAUAUGUUUCCACAACGAAGCUUGGUCUACGUUAAUGAGGACUAUACAUUCUGUAUUAAACCGCAGCCCAGCACAAUUGAUAAAGGAAAUCAUUCUCGUCGAUGACAACUCCAAAAUGGAUCAUCUCAAACAACAAUUAGAUUCUUACGUGGAGACACAUGGCAAAGUGGUGAUUUUGCGAGCGAGGGAACGCAUGGGGUUGAUAAGAGCCAGGAUGAUGGGGUUAAGACAUACGAAAGCUUCAGUUGCAGUCUUCCUUGAUAGCCAUUGUGAAUGCGCUGAAGGAUGGCUAGAACCACUACUAGACAGAAUAGUAAAAGAUCCAACAACAGUUGUGAGUCCAAUCGUGGACAGCAUCAGCGAUAUGACCUUUGAGUACAUGAUUCAGGGGGUUGAUGAUAUUCAAAAAGGUGGCUUCAAUUGGGAAUUGAAAUUCACAUGGGAACCAUUACCGCGGAAGGUAUUGAUCGAACGUAAAUUUUCAGCUGCUCCACUAAAAACUCCCACAAUAUCAGGAGGGCUUUUUGCAAUAGACAAGAAUUUUUUUAAGAAACUCGGAUACUACGAUGAUGGGUUUGAUUUCUGGGGAUCAGAUAAUUUGGAGUUGUCUUUUAAGACGUGGAUGUGUGGUGGAAGUUUAGAAAUAGUACCAUGUUCUCAUGUUGGCCAUGUUUUUAGAAAGAGAUUUCCCUAUGUGAUUGAAAAAAUGGCGGCUAGAAGAAACGCUAUGCGACUAGCAAAGGUGUGGAUGGAUGAUUACGCCAAAUAUUUCUACGAGAGGAUUGGGUUUGAUACGAUGGAUAUUGGUGACGUAACAGGGAGAAUGCAGUUGAGGAAACAAUUGAAAUGCAAAUCAUUUGAUUGGUAUUUAAAGAAUGUCUACCCUGAACUGGAAAUACCAAACGAAUACGUUGCAAGUGGCAAAAUAUUCGGCUUGAGUGGUGAUCUAUUGUGUUUGGACGCGUCGGGUAAUAUACUUAAACCUCAUGUUGAUCUUCAACCAUGCCAUUUAAAAGGCGGUAACCAGUAUUGGGCGUACACUAAAGAUGGCGAAAUUCGAAGAAAUAAUCUAUGUUUGUCAGAUUUCGACGACACAAUUGGAAUAGAUUUAUGCUUUGGUCGUCAAAUGGCUCAAGUCUGGGUAUACAACAGAAACACAAAAAAUAUCGUCAACAUGAGUACGCAAAAAUGUCUCGCUGCCAAGGUGUCGGACAAAGGGUCGUAUCUUACGACAGAGAUAUGCAAUAAGGGACAUCGGCAGAUGUGGGGCAUGGAUAAUUUUAAAGUAGAUAGAUUAGCGCCAGAGUUGCAGGUCUUCGCGAAGAGAGAAAUUUAGUCUCAGCUGCAGGAAACCCUUGACAGUUCAUACAAAAAUCGCAUUCUUAUAGUAAGAAACGACAAGAAGAAGAAGUAAGCUGCCUAACGUGCAAGUGCGAACUAGACAGAUAUUCCGCGCGCUUUCCUUUACUCCUUAGCGGGUUACGGCUAUUUAAGACUCAGACGGGGUGAGGUCGGCGUCCGGUACAAAUUAGUGCGGGGCAGAGAGUUACCAUUCUAUUCGUAGUAGGUAUUAUGAAAGGAAGCUUGUUAAUGGGUUUCAGAUAUAAUUAAGUUAGUAUGUAACAUUGUUAAUUUAGAUAAAUAGAUAAACAAAAUAUUUUAUUGAGCACAAUGGACACAAGUUACUAGGUUGUUAAAAGAUAGCUUUAGUUGUAAACUCUCCAAAGAAAUAAAAAUACUUAAUAAAAAAAAAAAUCUACAGCUGCGUGAUACGGAUCACCGACAUAAUAUACAA